AUGGAUUUAAUUUUUUCUGAUGAAGAUAUAGAUUUAGAAGUUGCUGAAAAUGAGCUUCACCACCGAUUGACUCGAGAGUUUAGUUUUCAAGAGCAGUAUCGAGUCCCAAGACCGGUGUUAGAUUUUUUAGAAACAAAACUCAAAAAUGAUUUGCAGCAUUAUUCAAGACGAAAUCAAAGCAUUUCAAUUCGACAAGAGAUCAUAAAAUGGCCCAAUGAUUGCGCUACUCUUCCACAAAAGUUUAUAGAAAUUGGAGGUUUUCCUAGCGUAUGUGGUGUUCUAGAUGGCUCUCAUAUAAUCAUAUCUAACCCUCCUAACGAUAACGAAGAUUCUUUAAUUAAUCGCCACCAUGUUCAUAGCAUAAAUGCAAUAGCAGUAUGUGGACCCGACACAUACAUAUACUAUGCUUCAAAGAACAGUCCAGGAAGAUGGCAUGAUGCACAUAACAAAUUCAAAAAUGGAGAGCUUCCUUUUAAUGGUGCUGUGAUUUUGGCGGACUCAGCUUACCCAUGUCGCGAAUGGUUAAUUCCACCUUUUCCCGGUGAUCCAGACGGUGCACAAAAACGUUUCAACAUUGCGCUUAGGAAAACCAGAAGCAUAAUUGAGCGUUGUUUUGGUAUUGUCAAAAACAGGUUCUAUGCUUUGAAAACAGGAAAUCGCUUGCAUAAGGUUGAAGAUGCCGCUAAGCUCAUUAUGUAUGGAUUUGUUAUCCAUAAUCUAUUUGUUCGAUAUGGAGAUAACGGUAAUGAUUUUAAAAAAGGCGACGAAGAACAAGCUUCUAAAAAUCUACUACUAGAAAAUAAAAAUAAAAAUCUAAAAUUCUACUAUUAG